AUUUUCAAAACAUCGCUUUCAACUGAAAUUUUUUUAAGUGAUAAGUGAAAUGCUUGAGUGUAUUAAAUAUUGAAUAUUUAAAAUUGUUACUGAUUUGUUUUCGAAUAUAUAAUAUUCCGAAAUGGGACGUCACAUAAUUUAGAAAGGCACCCGGAAUUUCUAUGAUUAGUAAACGUUGAAGUAAUGUGCUCUUAGGAAAUUCCCAUUUUUAAGUUUUUUUUUACACACUCUGUAUAUAAUAAUUACUAUCUCAUUUAUGGACCUCUAAAAACAGAAUUUCAAGGUUUGCUUGAUAAAAUGUGGGUCUUUCCUUAGCAAAUGGCCCAUAAUAAAAUUUGGAACUUUAGAUUACAGACUCUAUUUCUCUGACUUGUCAAUUAUCUGUUAUUCAAUCGCUACUAAAUUUAAAUAAAUACAAAAGAGUUGUUGUCUGAUAAGAUAUAGUAAAAUAAAGAUACAAGUUAGUUUUUCUGGAUUAUGUAUAAGAUGUAGGUACACCGAACAUCUUAGUAAAUUGUUACACCAAGUACAAUUUACAGACCCAUGCCAUUAAAUCUAGCUAACGUUCUAAAUUGGCUAAAUUGAAUUAUUGGAAUCAUAUUGAGGUGCAAACUAUAUGUUUAGUCUAUGAGUUAGUAUAGAGAAACUCAAUCCAUAGAAAACGUAGGCAAAGAAGCCAUUGUACGAGUUGCAGACUGGUUGCGUGGAAUUUGGGAAAUGAGACGUAGAACUGGCCCAGUUCAGCAAUGGGUUGACUCAAUUCCAUCACCCGCCAAGUCAAAUGUACCAGAUACAGCGGAACAGCCAGAUAUAUCAUCUAACAGUCCAACACCACCAUCGACUCCUGGUUGUAACAAGGAUAUUCCAUUUGCAAGAGAUUACAUAAAGCACCCAAGCAUGACAGUGUCAGCGCCUAUCAGUGUUCCUAAUUCGCCUGCGAUUACAAUGACGGGAGUACCUAGCUCAGUACCGUACAACAGACUGGUUCGAGAUCCAAGUCUGCAAUCGGAUAGCAGUCAUUGCAGCAGCGUAGAAAGCUUAUUGGAAUUACGAAAAGCAGAUCCCGAAGCAAUAUUACUUGGUCUUGGCUUUGGGGGCUGUCCAAGUAGUCCACAAGAAAAUGGUCCACUCUCUCGGAUUCCCAGAAGAUUUUUACAACCCUCUAAAUUAAAAGGCAUAGCAAUAAACGACUUCCUGAAGCAUCAACAAGAAACUAGCGAAUCCUUUGACUCAGCAUCAUUGGGCUAUCGAGGUCUAACAGGUUCGCCGUAUGUAGCGCCUUCAGAAAUCGUGCAGAAGAUCAUGGAGCGUCUACGCGAACACGAAAGUCACGAGCUGGAUGCUUAUGCAGUUUACAACAGCAGCUCCGAGCAAUACAGCCCGACGCAACAGGAAGGACGGCUCUCCGUACUGUCACCCGAUAACAGGCAGUUCUUGGACAGACCACGCUCGAAGAGUCCUGACAUGCGAAACAAGCGAAUGAUAAUAGGACAGAAAUCAUUUGCCUUUGGAUGCGACGGUGAUUUAAUAGAAAUACACGCAAUGGAAGGAUUAGACGUAAAAUCAAAUUCAGAGGCAAAUCGGAGCCACGAAAGUAAUGAUAACGGAAAGGGGAACAUGAUGGACAAAAUGCCGGGACCAAGUUGUAGCAACAGGAUCAAUGACGAAUAUGAAGCACCCAGCAGGAAAUUCGAAAAAAGACUCACAAAACUAUUGUCUUUUGACGAAGAGUCAACCGAGGAUUUAUCUCGGAAGCAAAUGGAAUUUAACCUGGAUUAUCAGAGAGUGUCAGAUCUAGUAAAUAUUAGUGAGGAGAGAAUGGAUAGCGAGGAGCAGAAAGAAUCUUUAAUUACUGUUAUAUCCGGUUGUGCUGCUAGCAACGAUACGCAGAGUGAAAGAGGACAAGAGACAUUGGCAAAUGACGAGGAAAAUAUUGAGAAGAGCGCUUCCGGACUUAGAAGAGCCAGUGAUGGCGCCUGCGAGCCUAACCCAACUCAGAAGAAAUGUAUCCAAGGCGAAGGUCGGAGAUUUAGUGAUGGCGUGAUGCAAAGCGCACUGAGGAAAACUAGCAACGAAAGUUUGUUAUCGGAUAGAAGGAAGAGUCUUAAGCGACAAGCAAGAAUCAGCGACGCGGAUGCUAUAGAAUAUUGUGGUUUGGAGUGUAUCGACCGGAUAAUUCCACUAGAGUCCGAGGAAGUGGACGAGAAGAAUGACAGCAAACCAGAAAUCGCACAGUCGAGCGAACCGGAUAAUAAGAAUGAGCCCCUAAAGUUCUCAUCUGACGCUGAACUAGAUAGACUGAAUCCAUCCGAAUUAAACAUUAAAGACAAACUGGUUGUGAUAGAUGAUCUAGAAUCAUCUACUAUCUGUGGUCCUUCUGACAAAGAGGAAGAUGAAGUCAUGAGAAGGGAUACUCUUUGCUGUCCCGAGGAACGUCAUCGUUGUUGUAAGAGCGACAAACUAGGACAGGUAUGUAAACACGACGAGACUUUCAAGGACUGUUGCUACCAUGCCAAUAGUACGAAUUGCUGGCGAAAGAUGGAAAAAAUAAUGCAGAAGAAUAAGAAACUCGAAGACAUGGUAGUUAAGAGCAGACAAGAAAUGGCGGAAAUACGUGAUAUGUUAAGCAGCGUUUUAUCUGUGAGGAUGGAACCGGGAUUUUGAGAUAAGAAAUAACGCAAAAAGAAUUAAGCUGAGAAAGAUGCACGAGUCGCUGGCACUGAGUACAUUAUACACUGUUUGACGACAUCCUACCGAAAUUGCAUGAUAAGCACAACAAAAAAAAAAAAAAAAAAAAAAAAAAAAAAAAAAAGAAAGCAAGUGAGAAGUACGUAAUAACGUAUAAAGUUGCCAGACGAUUAAAUUGAUAUUAUCGUUCAGACAAUCUAACGGAAUUGAGAGCAUGAGCACAAAACAAUUUUGCACGGCAAUCUUUUUGAUUAAUAUUAAUCUGCGUUUUGGGUCACAUUCUUUCUCUUGAUAAUGGACCACGCAUGACUCAACGUGAAUAAAAAGAAUCACCGAUGCUCAAAAGUAUCGGACGUUUCUCACAUUUUGAGAAAUAGUCAAACAAUCCAGAUAGAUGAUUUAUUUUAUAUCUACAAAAGACCUCUAUUGUUUAUUAUGUUUGAAUGUACGUAAACGAAAGUGAUUAUUGCAGAUUGAUAAUUAGGAACACGCUGAGAGUUUACUGGAAUGUAGAAUUUAUCAAUCGAUGCGGUUACAUUGUACCGAUGAAAACAGUUUAAUGUCAUUGUUAUUAUUUUUUAUAGUAUAAGAGAUCCUGCGAAUUCUCCAGAUCCAGAGUAUAGAUAUAAUAUAUUUCUGUUAUUAAAUCAAAAGAAUAUUGAAGGAAAGAGAGGGGAUCAGCAUCUAAAUUUUAAGUGAGAUAGUCACGUAGAUGAUUAUAGGUACUAAAGUUAGAGGUCUUCAAAUUCCUAUUUUUGAUCUUGCCUAAUUAAAUAAUUUAUAAUGAGAUAAGUGGUAGAAAAAUAAAGUUAUAAUAUCGUUAUUGUACAAUUUUCGAUUGAAAACUAUUAUCAAUAACAAUCAUACAACAAUCGAAAUUUUUUCACGUGGUACAAUAGCCUGACGUGAUUUAUUUAGUUUUGAAAUUCGCGAUAUUUCAAAAAAAAAAUAAAGAAAAUGUAGGCCUUUGGAAAAUAUUGAGAUGUAUUUAUGUACAAAUCUUUUAAUGUCAUUUUUAAUAUACCUUUUAAAUAGCGCAAGUCAUAAAUGCGCAACGACCUUUUCCAUAACAAUCUCGAGCAAAAUGAACGAUAUUGUUCUGACUGAAAAUUGAAAAAACAAAUUACUACAAAUUUGAGUUCAAUCUAGCUCGCAUAAAAGAAUGAAUCUUCAAACAUUCCUCAAUUAUCGAAUACGUUAUGUGAUAUAACUGGUGGCUUCUCUUACGAUCACAAUAUAAAUAUGAUGAUAAGCGUAGAAAUGAGUUUUGCUCCAAAAGAAAGUGUUUUUCUGUUUUCCAAACGAGACACUUGUGGCACACGACCAAUUAUAAAUGCUUGAAUAUAUCAAGUGAAGGAGAGAUGCCUAAAUCAUAAGAGAAAAAUGUGUUACUUCAUAAUUUCCUGUCUACCUAAAAGAGACAGAAUAGGGAAAAUAAAUUUGCAACCGACUCGACUCCAAGACAACAAAUCUGCCGUGUGGAUUUCAAAGUGGAAAGUCAAUGGCAAUUAAGAUAUCUAGUGUACAUAAAUUGUGAAGGCAUUAAAUAAAAAGUUUAUGGCAAAAAAAUAA